UUUCCUCCCGGGUUCCUUCUUUCUCUAGGAGAGACUCCCUCUCACCUGUGUGUCUCUCCCUGCUCCUGGGCCCCUCCCCAGCACGACAGAAUCUCAGGUUGCUUGGAAAACGAGCUGGGUCCUGGUGACUUAGAAUGGAUUUCCAGAUUAAGAAAAUAGGGGUGGGCUGGGGAGAAAUGUGCUCUGUUUUUUGCAUAACCUAAACUCUGCAAAGUGAAGCUCUGAAAUCUUAUGUUUGCCUUUAAAAGUCUGUGAGACUCUGGGUUAACAUUUAGCUGCCCCCCUCUGAGGCCUCUGCAGCCCAGGUGCUGGGCCAGGGGCUGCGGUGUGGGCAGGUGGGCUCAGCCCGCCUGGGGGGCUGACGCAGUGCCACUCUUCCUCCUGCCCACACCUGGGGCCCCUGCUCCCCUCCCCUCCCCUCCCCUCUCCUUCCUCCUCUCUCCUCCUCCCCUCCCCCUUUCCCCUCCCCCUCUUCCCCUCUUCCCCCUUCUCUCCCCACCCCUCCCAUCUCUUGACUUUAGACCAAUCACUUUCCCUCUCUGUGCCUCAGUUUCCUCACUCAAGACGUGGGAUGAUAAGAAACAACCACCUGCUAUGGCUGGGAGAGGCUGCGGUGAGACCAGAGAUAGAAAUCACUAUAAACAGAGGCACCAGAAUCACUCAGGUCAAACCCUGCACCUGCCUGAAGUUCUUCACUCCUCUGACCACCACGCCUGAAACGGACUCACAUCCCCUCUCCCUGGGAAGCCUGUCCUGCUGUGCCAGUCUGGGCUGACAUGUCCCAUCUGUAGUGGACACACCCUACAAUGGCCCCAUAAUUCCCACCCUUAGCACCCACACUUGUGUGUUACCCACUCCUCUUGAUGUGAGUGGGACCUAUGACCUGAGUCUGACCAAUAGGAUAUGGCAAAGGUGAAGAGAUUUUGCAGAUGCAGUUAAGGUCCAUAAUCAGUUGACUUUGCAUUAAUCGAAAGGAAGUCUAUCCAGGUGGGCCUGAAAUGAUGACAUGAGUCCUUUAAAAGAAGUUCCAGGCCUUCCCUGAAGUCAGAGACUCCAAGCAGCAGAAAUUUCUGGCUUUAAAGCAAGCUACCAUGUACUCUGCAGCCACAGGAAGUGAAUUCUGCCAGCAUCUGAGAGAGCUGGGAAGGAGAGCCUUCUCGAAUCAGGCCUCCAGACAGAACACAGCUGGACCUCCACCUUUUUUUUCUGGCUGCGCCACACAGCAUGCGAGAUCUUAGUUUCCCGACCAGGGAUUGAACCUGUGCCCCCUGCAGUGGAAGCUCAGAGUCCUAACCACUGGACCACCAGGGAAUUCCCCUGGACCUCCUGGACCUUGAUGGAGCCUUGUGAGACCAUGAGCUGUGAACCAGCUAAGCAGUGCCUGGACUUCUGGCCAAUGAAAAUGUGACGGAGAGCCGCGCCAUCGUGGACAGCCUGCAGAGGUUUUCCUCGCUCCCUGCUUACCUUCCCACGAGCUUCCACGUCUCUAACGCAGAGGAGUCCUUCUUCCUUAAAGAGGCCAACCAGGACGUCACUCGGAACUGCAGUCUGCAGGCCCGGGUGGAGUCGUUCUUUAUCUACCGAGCCAGGAGCCCCCCGAUGGUCAAUGCCAGCUAUGGGCCAUUUUCAGUCGAGAAGACGGUCCCGCGGGAGUUCAUGCUGACAUCUGCACCCUUUGGCAACAUGGGCCAGUUUCCCUUCAACUGGAAGUUGAAAGCCCACAUCCUCGGCAGCUCCAUCUACUCCAACAGACCCAAAGUGCAGACCUUGUUCUACAUCACCGGGAUGGGCUGGGCCGACGGCGACCCAGCGGAACAGCUCCCCUGCGUCAAGAUGUUUGCGUUCCCGGAGGCCAGGGAAGUGGCGGCCAGCUGUCGGCUGCAGGGGACCCCUGGGCUGUGUGUGGCCGAGCUGGAGGUGCUGCCCGAGUGGUUCAGCUCUGGGCUGGACCUGGAGCCCGAGGAGGAGAUCCCAGCCCUGCUGGGCGGCACGGCCAUGGAGCUCUUCUUCACGCUGUACCCGGCCGACCAGGCCGGCCAGUGUCCCCUGGAGGAGGACAGCAAGUGGGAGAACAACAUACACUCGGGCCAGGACAGCCCCCCGCCGGCGCCAGCUGCCCGGGAGAGGAUCGGGAGUGUCGUGGUCUACCCGACCCAGGACGAUCUCAGGUGGUCCCUGCUGAGCCUGGAUGAGAACGUCGUUCUCUCCGUACCUCUGAACCUCGUGCGGGAAGGGGACACCGCCACCUUUUUGGUCUCUCUGGCCAGUGGCUCUGUGGCUGACCACUUCACUCUCAGAAUUAAGGCAGCAGCAGGUGUGAAAAUAACCGCAGUGAGAGUCAGCAGCGAAGACCAGUGGGCAGUCCAGGAAGAAAUUGACAAUGACAGUGCUCAGACAGCAGCCACCUUGACCUGCGUGGGUCAUCACCCGGACACACAGAGCAGAACGAAUGGCUCCUUCUAUGAGAUCUUGCAGGUGGACUUUGGAAUCGACAACAGCAGUGGCCUGGCUGGCGCCCAGCAGAUCACCUGGCAGGUGGAGUACCCGGUGGAGGACGCCGCGAGGGAGCUGGUCGUCUCCGAGAUCUUUGUCAGCCACACCUCCUUCGUGGGCAUCGUCCCGCUCGCAAUGGACACGGAGGUUCUGAACACGGCCAUUCUCACCGGAAAGGUUGUUUCGGUUCCCGUCAAGGUCGUGGCCGUUCAAGAGGAUGGUUCGGUGGUGGACGUGUCGGAGGCUGUGGAAUGCAGGUCUGCGGAUGAAGACGUCGUCAAGGUCUCCAACGGCUGCGAUUCGAUUUUUGCGAAUGGGAAGGAGAUGAAGAGCAAAGUGGACACGAUCGUGAACUUCACCCACCAGCACUUCACCUCCCAGUUAGAGGUCACCGUCUGGGCGCCCAGACUCCCCCUGCAGGUCGACAUCUCGGAUACGGAGCUCAGCCAGAUCAAAGGGUGGAGGAUCCCAGUGGCUUCCAACCGAAGGCCCGCCAGAGACAGCGAGGACGAAGAAGACGAGGAGAGGAAGGGGAGAGGCUGCUCUCUGCAGCAUCAGCGCGCCCUCGUGCGCGUCCUCACCCAGUUCGUGGCCGAGUCACCCGACUCGGGUCAGCUGAGCUACAUGCUGGGCCCCGACUGGCAGUUUGACGUCACUGACCUCGUGAUGGAUUUCAUGAAGGUGGAAGAGCCGAGAAUUGCUCAGCUACAGGACGGCAGGACCCUGGUGGGCCGGGAGCCGGGCAUCACCACCGUGCAGGUCCUGUCACCUCUCUCUGACUCCAUCCUGGCUGAGAAGACGGUGACCGUCCUGGAUGACCGUGUCACCAUCGUGGACCUGGGCGUGCAGUUGGUGGCCGGCUUGUCUCUUUCCCUGCGGCCUCACAGGUUGGACAAAAGAGCAAUCAUCUCAACAGCAGUUGCCCAGGAUGUGCUUCGAGCCCCACAGCAAGAAGCAAUAGUCAGUUCUUGGAUUCUGUUCAGUGACGGUUCGGUGACACCUUUAGACAUUUACGAUUCCAAGGAUUUUUCGGUUACUGUCUCAUCAUUGGAUGAAAUGGUGGUGUCUGUCCAGGCAAACCUUCAGUCCAAAUGGCCGGUUGUCGUUGCAGAGGGGGAAGGGCAAGGGCCCUUGAUUAAACUGGAAAUGAUGAUCAGUGAGCCCUGUCAGAAGACCAAGAGGAAGAGCGUUCUUGCCGUGGGUAAAGGGAACGUCAAGGUCAAAUUUGAAGCAAAUACUGGUGCGCACCAAGGAGGCACCAACGACGUGGAGGGCGGCAGUCGGGAAUAUAAAGACCACGUGAGGAACAGCAUAGAGCGUGAAGGAGGCCAGGAGAGGGCAGUGCAGCAGCGGUUCCAACAUGGCGCCCUUGGCGGCCACGGGGAAAGAACCAACCAAAGCACAACCCCGCAGUCUCCCAUGGAAGGAAAGGAUAAGAAGCUGCUCAAGAGUGGUGGUCCAGACGCCUUUACAAGCUUCCCCACUCAAGGGAAGUUACCGGAACCCCAUAAUCCUAGUGACCUUACGGUGACCUCCAGGGGGUUGACCGACUUGGAGAUCGGCAUGUACGCCCUGCUUUGCGUCUUCUGCCUGGCCAUUUUGGUCUUCUUAAUUAACUGUGUGGCGUUUGCCUGGAAAUACAGACACAAAAGAUUCGCCGUGAGUGAGCAAGGCGACAUCCCCCAUUCCCACGACUGGGUCUGGCUGGGGAACGACGUGGAGCUUUUGGAGAACCCGGUGGACGUGACCCUCCCGUCGGAGGAGUGCACGACCAUGAUCGACAGGGGGCUGCAGUCCGAGGAGAGGAACUUCCUUCUGAAUGGCGGUUCCCAGAAGACUUUCCCUAGUCAGCUGCUCAGACCUUCUGACUUUGUCUAUGAGAAAGACAUGAAAAACGAACCUCUGAGUUCGUCCGGCCCAAAGAGGAAGAGGGUCAAGUUUACGUCCUACACGACCAUCCUCCCGGAGGACGGCGGUCCGUACACCAACUCCAUCCCGUUUGACAGUGAUGACAGCAUCCAGUGGGUGUGCCCAGACAUGGGGCUGGGGGCGUCCCAGGGCUUCAGAGAGUACAUGGAGAGGCUGCAGGACCAGAUGUAAACUCCUUUCUCAUGUCUGUAUUCACCUUUAUGCCUUCUGCUUUUUGAAUGGUGGAGCCCGAGUCUGACCAGCAAUAGGGGAUGAGUUAACAAAGCUUCGUUUGUGGAGGUCUGGCGGGAUCCCUUUCGAAGCAGCCAUCAGGGAGAGCAAAGGCAGCUGGGUUUGAAGCCAGGAUGUGCCCCAGAUAAGCUCCCAGGGGAUCCUGGAGAAAUUCUAAGACCACGGUUUUCUCUGCUGCCUGGUACUAGCUCAGUUCAAAUAUAAUAAACCAGACCCCACAGACAUUGUUAAUCAUCUCGUGGCGAAACUGCCGUGUGGAAUUAGAAAAGACUUGGGUUUGAUUUUUCUACUCCUAGACCUUUUAAAGCACAGUGGACAUUUCUUGCCCUUGGCCUGAGAUUGGACAUACGUGAAAGCUGCUGAAUGUAGCCGCCCAUAUUUGUUACGAGCACUGCUCAUUAUUUUUAUAUAUCUUUGCACCUGCACCUGGUUCCUUUGACCUCUGCAAUUCUUUUUGAAACAUGAAGACAAGCAAUUUCAUUCUUUUCUCUGAAAUCUGUUUGAUUCACAUAUGAAUUUUAGUCCCUGUGGUGUGCCACGUCCUGUUAUUUCCUGGGUGUCUGUGCAGGCGUUCAGGGUCUUUCCAGUUUUCCUCACUGCAUCCCUUAGGGGCAAUGUCUAAGAAGCUUAGCCUCAUGCCGUCUUUCUUUCUUUUUGUUGUUGAACUUUCUUGUAUCAGACGGGGACAUGGGAUUUUACUUAAAAUAUUAAUAUACUGUAAGAGAGGGCCGUCUUCUUUACAGUUUUCUACAUGAAGCUUAAAAACUUUGGAGAAAAGUUGUGAACAGUGAACCUUUCCUUUUAUCUUCUGCUUGCGGGAGUCAUGAGGACCUCUUUCCUGGGGUGCAUUUCUGAGGACAAAAAAAAGUCCUCAAAAUAGCUGUAUUUAUACUAAUGCUUUGUGGUCAACACCAUUUGUUAUCCAAACUGAAAUCAAAAUCUAAAAAUGAUAUGCAGAGAAAGGAAAUUGCAUAGGAAGUAUCUUCAGAUUAAACUUUUCUCUUACCAGAACAAAACUUUUUAAAAACGGUAAAUGAAAUGAUGUUUCAGCUUAGCAAUAUGUAGAAAUCUACCCAUACAAUGAUUUCCACCCACCACCAAAAAAAAAAACAAACAAACAAACCCCAAACAUAUAUCUAUCCUCAGUCAUGACUCUGGCAGAGAUAAAACCUAUACAGGGUGUCCAUUAAUGGAGAACAGCAAUGGGUUUACCCCCCCAAAUUCAUAAAAUAAAUGACUUCCAGAAGCUUGAGAAGCAAUUGUGAUGAAAAACCAUAGCUAUUGGGAAAUCGAAGUGGCAAGAGAGAAAAAAAAAAUCAUGAUUCCUGCAUAAUUUUUAAAUAAUGUUUUUCAAAGAACAGCAAAGCAAGAAUUUCAGAUUAGGAAACCAUGACAACGUUCUACGAAGAUGCGCUAGCUGGAAAAUCAGACACUGGAUGAGUAUAUGCCUCAUUCUGAGCUUUCUUGAGCCAUUUGCAUCUCUGAGAGGUAGAAUUUUAAAGGCCCAAACAGUCAAGGACCUGCAGGAGGUGUUGAAACAGUUUCUUGACUCCUGAUGGCUGUUGACUGGGCAAUUCAAAAGGGUGUGCUUCCGUGGUUCUCUUCUAGGGUUCCGUGGACAGGAGUGUGACAACCAGCCUUCUCCAACCGCGACACGGCAGACACAGAAUUCUCCUUGUGUCUCUUGCCCACAGGACUACAAUACGUUUGUAAACUGCACCUAAGUUACCAGUGAUAACGCUGCCUGACCUCAGAGGCUGGUGUUCAGUUGCUCUUGUGUUUAAAAUGGGGGUUAGGAGCUGAAGCUGCUGAGGUUCCCCAGAUCUUCCAGUUUGAUUGGGGAAUAAAGCCAGGAGACCCAGGCAUCAGCUUCCAAAGGAGUUUGCAAAGAGAUGGCUGACACCUUGUAGGAAGAGCGCCUCUGGUGGCCAGAGGAAGCUGCCUCUGCUUUUCAAAUGGCUUCGCAAGGAGGUAGCUCAAAGAGAGGGAUUCAGGCACUCGCUGAAACAUAGCUGUCCCCGGGAGCCCUGCUACUCCUGGCAGAUAUUUUCCAUUUUCUCUCCCUUUGGGUCUUGGACAUUCCAGACAGGGUAGGGAUGUCAUUUCUGAAGCUGAGGACCCUCAACUAAUACAGGGGGUGAGUCUCUCUCUCACACACAGCAGGCUGCCUCGCACUGGUAAAAUAAGACUUCCCGUGGGUAUAAUUCGGGAGGGGACAAAGGAAGUUACUAUUGUCACGGGGAGCCUUAUUAAGGGGCAUACAAGUUAGAGCAUCUCCUGUGGUCCGAGUGCUUGACGUGACGCAGGAAGCAAACGGGAGAAUCAGGAAGGGCCAGGGGUUUCUCUGCGGAGCCGGGAACUGACCGUGGUUCUGAAGACGCCUCCCUUGGGUAAGCGAACAACGUCACCCAGAGUGAUGCAGGCUACAUAAACCACCUUUGCUGGUUUCUGUUGAGACUCAGUCAGUUCAAAAUAAAGAUCAAAUGGAAGGUUUCAGGGCAGAGAUCCCUUUUACCAUACCACACACACUCCCAUAUAUGCACACGCACAUACGUAUUAUACCCACGUGUGUGUGUGAAUAGUGAAGAAUCAGAAAUUCAGUUUUUUUGUGGGAAUCAACACUGUCAGUUGUUCUCAGCUUUGGUGUGGACACUAUUCAGCUUAACAGAAUGUCACUGAAGUUCUUUCCACUCUAAAUAUUCCCUGCUGACUAGAAACUAUGGGUUAUAUCGGCUUGUUUUCCAACUAGUCAAUUUAAAACAAAUAGGAGCUAUACCUCCAAAAUAUUUCAGCUCAUAUGGGGGGGGCAUGGGACCCCCCUGGUGGCACAGUGAUUAAGAAUCCAUCUGCCAGUGCAAGGGACACGGGUUCAAUCCCUGGUCCUGGAAGAUCCCACAUGCUACAGAGCAACUAAGCCCGUGUGCCGCAACUACUGAGCCUGCGUGCCACAACUACUGAAGCCCGCGUGCCACAACUACUGAAGCUCGUGUGCCUAGAGCCCGUGCUCCGCAACAAGAGAAGCCACCGCAAUAAGAAGCCCGCGCACCGCAACGAAGAGCAGCUCCCGUUCGCCGGAGACACUGGAGAAAGCCCGCGCGCAGCAAUGAAGACCCAAUGCAGCCCAAAAAAUAUAAAUAAAUAAAUAAAUAAAUAAAUAAAUAAAUAAAAUAGGGGGAAAUGACGUAAAUUGCUAAGGCUUGAAAUAUGAUUCGCUGAGGGCCAUGCAUUUGCCUGGAUUUCCCAGGUUCUUACGGCUGAGAUAUCCAAAGGACAGUUGUCAAUAACCUGAAAGAAACGAUGUCAAUAGAGUCCCUUCCUCUCCCCUGAGAAUGGGAUGUUCAGACUCCCCUUGAGGCAGACACCAGCAGCCUCUAGAGGGGACACCAGGCCGUGAGCUCCAUGAGUCACACGGAGGGCAAUUCAGAUGCCCCAUGAGGGCCAGGUGACCUACACCCGUGGAGGAUGUGAGACCACUGUCUCCAGGGGCCAAACAGGCUGCUUUCCAGGCCAGCGUACAGCUAUCAAGGAGCAGCUGCCACACAGAAGUCCUGGAGUUAAACCUACAGUGUUGCAUUUGAGAGAAAGAAAGAAGAAAAGACACUGGAAGUUUCCCCUGGAAACUUCCCCCAAAGGACACACUGGCUAGCAGAUCUCAGGAUACGCUGUGUGAACCAAAAGGGAAUAACUGACUUCCUGGCUCUUUUCUUUUGCACACUGGUCAGCCUGAGUUCCCAGACUGCAAUCAUCCUUAAAUCGUAGGCAGAGAGUUUUUAUUUAUAAAGAUUGCAGGGAAAAAAUGGAUUAAUUUCUGUCCCUUUGCUACAUCUGUAGAUGAAGUAUUUUGUACUUGGAUAACUUUAAGUUUUAGGAAGUCUGCCCUUGUGCAUGUUGAUCACCAUUCUUGUCUCACUCUUUUAGAAGGGUGUCUUCCCAAUGUUGGGACCACAGUAAAGUGUCUGAGAAGAUCAUUCAUUCCAACUCCACUGACCACAGAGGGUGGUUUCAUCUAAAUCUUUCCUUUACCAUUGACACCAUUGUUUUUCUACUCUUGUCAACUCAAAAAUGGCCUCAAUUCUCCGUUCUAGUCUCUGUAAAUGACACGGUAGAUGGUUUAUAAACCCAGCGACCAUCUCCUCCCUCAAAAUUAUAUUACGUGUAAUGUAUUGCGUGUCACCUGUUGUGUAAAGGAACAGUAUGGGUGGUGGAAGAGUUACGCUAAAAUACGGAUAUAGCAGAUAUUUUUGUAUGUAAUAUAGGCAAUAUACUGAAACACUGAAAGGUGUGUUGGAAUAAAUACGUUUUAACAUAAAAGCAUGCAAAGCUAUAGCUUUUAAAUGUACAGAUAUCCCGCUCAGAAAUACCUAAAUUGAUUAUGGGAAAACAUCAGAACCUGACGUCGUGAAAUGCACUCAAUUAAAGGUGCAGCCUUUAGAGGACAUGACUUCUGUUGGGGUUGUUGAUGGAAUCUGCCAGAACAUUUUGAUCUUACUCUUCCUUACUUUUGGAUUUUUUUCCUUUUUCUUUUUUUUUUUUUUUCCUGGAAAUAUCUCAGAAAUAAAGUGACAUCCUUUUCCAGCAUAAAGGUAUAUACUAACCACAGGGUAAUUCAUUCUUUUUAACAUGAAAAUAAACAUUUAAACAUUC